CGGUCCGGCCCCCCGUCGCGUGCCCCCUCGGGGUCUUCGGAGCCGCCAAGCACGAUGCCUGCCCCGCCGCCGCCGCCCUUCUCGCACAUGUUUCCUUUCGGACAGAGUGCUACCGGAGGCUUUAGACCUGUGAUGGACGGUACAGGAACAAGGAAUACUCCUCCACUGUUCUUCUCACCUCAUUUAGCAUCGCAUUUAUCGUCACAGUUCUCACCACCAUUGUUUCCAACAUUGAAAGGAUUUCCGGGUCUUUGCUCCUGCUGUCCCAUGAAACCAAUCACAAGUCUCGGCUCCUCUCUGCUGCCAUCUACCGAUCAAUCUGAACUAUCGCCCGGUGGCGAUCAUCGCUCGUCGAGCGUAGCUGAACUGCGACGAAAGGCACAGGAACAUUCUGCCGCAUUGUUGCAGAGUUUGCAACACGUGGCUAACUUCCAGCAAGCCGCUGGAUUGGCUGGGGCGGGACUCAACUUCCCCCUCCUCCCGCCACUAACGCUACAGGCCUUGCAGAGGAAGCACGAGAGUGCAGAGGAGAGCAGAGGGACCAGUUCAUCUAAGGAGUCGACAAUAUAGAUUUUGGAAGCAUACCUAUAUUUCCGUACUGUUUGUGUUUGGAGGAAAAUUAAUGAAAUAGGAAAUAGAUUAAUUUCAUCUUAUUCAUAUGUAUCUGAAACGCUACCAUGAUAACACAUAUUUUCUAUGUAAAUGAUAUUUAAACGCAGGAUGUUCUUCAGUACGUUUAGAAAAAUCAGGGAUGUUUUAUUUCUAGCAAAAGUCCAUGAGUCAACCGUUUCCGAGAUACAGGGCGAUGAACUUCAUAUAAGAAAGUG